AUGGAAAGAUAUUUUGAACAUCUAAUAAACUUGGUCUACCGCGAAUUUUAUCCGAAAGUAACAAGCUUUUAUGGAAAAUCCCUACCCUUCGCUUCUUCUUAUAUCAAGUUUGGUGGCUUUGAAAUCAGCUUACAUGGCUAUGGUCGCACUAGUUUAGCUUAUGAAGAAGUAGGGUCGGUCAAAAUUAUUGCUAAGGUUGUUCACUUCCACACUGCUCAUUGCUUUCGAGCUGACUUUGAUCCAACCAAAGUUCGAGAACAUGAUGAAGAGCAUAAAUUGUUAAAGAAAAAAAUUGCGGAAUACUU